UGGAACACCCAAUAAAAAUGAUGCACAGAUUGGCGGCACAGAUUGGUGGCAUGCACAAUGUUGUGUUGUUGUUGUUGUUACACACAGAGUGUGAGUAAGUUUGAGCAGAAUGUGCCAGUAGGGGGCAGUGUUGUUGCUGCAUUGUGUCACACACACACACACACAUUCCCAGACACACACACACACACACACACAGGCUGCAUCAUGGCUGCUCCCAGGUCUCCGGGUGUCUUUGCUGCUGCUGCUGCCGCCUACGAGGCUUUGUUUGUGCAGCGCUGAUGGGAAUUGCCUUGGGCCGGGGAUACAUUUUGGUACGACCCUGAAGCUCUAAUAGACCUCCCUUCUCAGUUUAAUGCAGCAUGGAAAGUCUCAGCCCUCCCAUAAUGUUUGAUUUCAGCACGGGCAGCGGCGGAACCAUAGUCACCCCUGGGAAGAAGCCAGCAGGGGAGACAUCUAACUCAAAUAAAAAAUGUAAGAGGUACUUCAAUGAGCACUGGAAAGAAGAGUUCACAUGGCUUGAAUUUGACUAUGAGCGCAAGCUAAUGUUCUGCAUAGAGUGCCGACAGGCCUUGGUAAAGAACAAACAUGGCAAAGCUGAGAAUGCCUUCACCGUUGGCACAGAUAACUUUCAGCGUCAUGCUCUUCUGCGUCACGUGACCUCUGGUGCCCAUAGACAAGCGCUAGCAGUCAACAGUGAGCAACUUGCAAUGGAAUUACAGUUUCAUCAAGAGAUGAAAUCAGUCAUUAAAGCUGAAAUGGACCCGUCCAAGAUAGCAAUCUUGACCAGCGUCUACUCCAUGGCUAAGGAGGGGAUCUUCAGUGGGAAACUGGCUUCUCUGUUGGAGCUGCAGAAGUUCAAUCUUUGCGAGGCAUUGCUGUCUUCUGAGCAAAAUGAGUAUUACCACCCAAGCAGUGUGAGAGAAAUGCAGGCAGCCAUUGUUAAAGUUCUCCAUCAUGAAGAUCGGCAAAGAUUGAAAGAAUCCCCUUUCAUCGGACUGGUGAUUGAUGAGACGGUGGAUAUAGUAGAACACAGAAACCUAGUGAUAUUUACAACUUCGGUAUCUCCGUGUGAUGGACAGCUCCACAUCACAUUCCUGGGAAGGGUUGAGUUGCGUUCGGGAGAAGCCAACUGUGUAAAAGACAAAGUGUUGGAAGUAUUGAACGACUUUGAGGUUCCAUUAAAAAAGGUUGCUUGGCUUAGUUCUGAUGGCUCCUCUUUGAUGAUUGAUAGGGUCAGUGGCAUUGGAGAAAAAUUACGAUCCAUUUGUCCAUUGCUGACAGAACUUCACUGCGUCUUUCACAGAAAGGCAUUGCUUCCAGCUGAAAAUUUUCUAAGCAUUGAGUAUGCAAGUAAAUAUGAAAGUAUUAUGGACGCAGUGUAUAGACUAUAUGGGAAGAAGAAUGGGGAGAACCAUACCUUCCAGGAAUUGCAAAACGUCCUUCAGUUCUGUAGUAUAGACCUAAACACUGCAGAUACCGUUCACUGGACAUCUAUUCUACCUGCUGUUGAAACCAUUGACUCAUCAUGGCCUACAUUAGUUCUUUUACUUGAAAGUGAAUCUACAACAUCCCCCAUAGCUAAUGGACUAUGCACAGAACUGAAAAAAUUCUGGUUUGUGGCAUUCACCAAGGUGUUGUUGGACAUAUUGCCAAUCUUCCAAAAAUUAAACCAGUUCUUCCAGAUUGAGGAGCUGGACAUGUCAAUGGUGAAGCCCAUAGUCUCAGCAUCUCAGGCAACGUUAUUGGCCCAAAAGUCCACAAGUGGUCAGAACUUUCAGGAAUUUCUUAAUGAACUAAAUGAGCAUCCUGGUGAGGACAAUGAGAGCAGGUUCUAUUACAAAGGAGUGGAGUUAGCAGACUGCUCCAAAUCAAAGCUGAAAAGCUUUGAGCUACUUAAAGAGGCCUGCCUUGAAAAUGUAUGCAGGAGCCUUCAGGACAGGUUUCCUGGCAAUGUGCUCAAGGUUGUAAGUUCAUUUUCUGUUGUUUUCAACCCAAAAUGUUACCCUUCCUCACUGGAUGACAUAGGAACAUAUGGAGAAGAGGAGCUGCGUCACCUUUUGCAGAGUUUCUCUCACAUGUUGGUUGCUGAAAGAGCUUCCAAUGACUUUGCUCUCUUUAAACGUAUUGUCUUCAGCCUCAGUCACUUGACCUUUCGGGAUAUUUGUGUCAAGUUGAUUCACACCAGCUCUGAGAUGCAUGAGCUUUUUCCUGAUUUCACAGUUCUAGCUGCAAUUGCUUUGGUCCUUCCACUGGGAUCUGCUCUCUAUGAAAAAAUUAAGCGGGCAGAGGACCUCUGGAAACAAAGCCACCGGCAAGGGAGGGUAGACGGAGGCCUCAGUGACAUUCUAAAGAUCAGCCUCGAUGGACCAGCUCUUAAUGAAUUUGAUUUUGCCAGAGCCAUUGACUUCUUUGAAGACAUGAGGCCAACGGAACCAUUUGCUGCUGAAGAGAAGUGGGACAUGGUGCAUCUAAAGAAGUAGCCCACCGAGAGAUUCCAUUUAAAUGGUUUGGCAGAUACAGGGUGAUCAUAAACAGCAUUUUACUCAACCUAGGAACAAACUACCCAAAAACAGAAACUGGAAAAAUACUUCACUGGUUUUAUGUAAAACCCAUAGUAAGACUAUGUUAAUGUUCCACAUUCAAUGACCACUUGAGAACUCUAAGCACUGCGUAUCUUGUCGGCGCUAUAUAAUUAAAUGAUGAUGAUGAACUCCAAACUGAUAUGUAGAGUAGAAUAUAGACUUUGUUAGUACUUCAGUCCUGUGUCAAUUUUGCAUUUUUCUUUAUACAUGAUGUCAUAUCACUUAACUUUGAUUUUUUUUUAAUGUAUGAAUGCAUUUUCCUGAGAUUUUAAUAAUUUUUACAUGAAGCUUAAUCUUUAAAAAAUGCUACAGCCAAAUACCAAACAAAAUCAAACUCUAAUAUCUGUAACAAUAUUUAAACAUUGUUCCAUUAAAUUGUCAUCUAAAAAUGUGUUUCAUUCUGCUUUCUGGUGCAGAGUGAUGGGGAGCAUUGGCCCUCGGCGCAUAAACAUACAAGUCUAAGUAGCGGCUUUGGACCUUUAAUUAAAAUUGACUGCCGCUCUUGUAGUAGAACCAAUAGUAGAGCUCAACAGCAGCACAGAGCUCUAACACCCUUCUAAAUCAUUAAUAGAAGUUCUGGCCCAUUUUGUUCCAAUUUCAACACCAUUGUUUUCUUUUUACUGAAUGGUAACCAUUGUUAGUGUUCUGUAAAAAUAUAGGUGGUCCCCAUUGGUUGGUUUAAAACUAGGCUGUACAACUGGAGGCACUGGGCUUUUACUGAGUUUCUCCAAAGUGCUUGAGACAGACCCAACUCUAACACUUUGCUAAAAAGUUACAUUUGUCUGGUUUAGUCCGUUCUUUUUGGUCAGUAAAGUGAUUUCUCUUUUGCAUUGCUGCAUUUUUUCCUUUUUUUCUAAAACCGUAAAACCCGAUGAAGGCAGUUUUAUUCCAGUAGAUUUUGUAACAUUAGUCCAGUGUGUUGGGAAUCAUCUUUGGCCUUUAAUUUAAUCAAGGCAAAGACAAGUGCCAUAUUUGCCACCAUACUUUCCAAAGGCACCUUGUAGUUUGGAGCCCAUAAUAUGCCAUAGCCAGACAUCUUUUCUCAUGAUACAGACAGUGGGACAUGUAAAUCUCUGUGUUAUUUAUUAGUCUUAAAAACCCUUGGACAUUUGCAGAAAGAUAGUAAUAGAACACUUUCCUUAGAGAGUAGGGAUAACUGUGCAUCUCAGUGGUAUCAAGGUUAUAUGAUAUGUUUAUAGGCAAUGAAUGUCCAUGGAAGUCAGAUUUAUGCCAUUAGAUCUGGUUUAGUACGAGUACGAUCCACACUGAGAGUAUUUACUAUGAGGAAGGAAACAGUUCAACAAAAUUCAUGUAUUUUAUGUAGAAAGAAAAUCAAACUCUAAGGGAAAUGGCACAUGAGAAGAUUGGUCAACUGCAGUAAUAAUUUUUUUUAAUUAUUAAAAUUAAAGAAACCCAAGAAGAAACCCAGGCUGGUGCUGUUAUUUUUAGAAGUGGGGUGCCAGUCGGGGGUAGCAGGUAAGCAGUGGGUGCCGGCUAACAUACAUAUAUAUAUAACAUAUAGCCACCAUGCUGGUGCUUUGGCCCAACCAGGCCCGGACUGGCAAUAUGUGGGUUCUGGCAAAUGUCAUAGACUAUUUAGUGGGCCGGCAGGGGGCUGAUUGGAUCUCUGCAUACCCAAAAUGCCAGGCCCUAUUUUGAAUGCCAGUCCAGACCUGGGCCCAACACACAUUAGGAGAAUCUUCCAUAUUGCUUUCCUUAGCCAAGGCUCCAAGUCUCCAUAGCUUUAUUUUUAUUUCUGUGCCAAGUUUAUACUUGGGGUUCCUGUGCUCCAGAUCAGAUUUCAUUUAUUUCAGCUAUAAAUAUUGCGCUGUAUAGAGUGUUUUCUAUAAAAAAAAGGUAGCCAAAUUCUCCGAGAUGUAAAUGUAAAUGAGAAUGGCAGUCUAAAGAGUUCAGCUAAAAAUGCUGCUUAUUUUCCAAAGGGCAAUUCCACUGCCUUCACAUUGUGGCUGUUUGUUGCAUGCGCGUAACUCUUUUAUUACCAUAAUAAAAAUAUAUAUUUC